AUGAAGACGCGCGAAAGCACGUCAGACGUCGACAAACCGAAUGCCAGGGCCUUCUGGCGGUUGCGCCUUUGCCCCCAAUAUUUACGAUCGUCAACUGCGCGGCGAUCAUCCGAUCCAUCUCGCGCCGUCGACGUGAAGGUGUCCGCCGACCUACCGGCUCAUCAGCCGCGUUACAUCCGGCGUGCUUCGAAGUACGCCUGCUGGGAAGCCUUAUGA